UGACUCUUAAGUCUUUGAAGGUCUACCGACGAUGGGCAAUAGUUCUUCAUCCUCCGCCCGUCGUCAAGACGAGACAGUUGACUUGGGUUAUCUCGUUCCUCAAGGCGUGUACACAGGACCUCGAGAUUGGAAUCAUGCCAUAGUCACGCAACUGAUCUGUCAGAGGCGAUUGGCACCAUUUUAUCGCCCACUUGAAGAGUACGACGACUCUUGGACGGACGAACAGAUUCUAGCAGCAAGGAAAGAACCCUCAGAUGCAGAGAAUUCCGAUGGUACCAGGAGUGACUCUCCUCCAAUGAGUGCAAAUAGUGGCUCCACGAAACUCAGCCAUGGGAAGCGUGCAAACUCUCUGAAGGAACCCAGCAGACCUGAAGCGGCGAUUUAUAGAGGAGCCGUUGAAUGUCCUAUCUGCUUUCUGUACUACCCUCCAAACAUCAACUAUUCCAGGUGCUGUGCUCAAGCAAUAUGCACAGAGUGCUUUGUUCAGAUCAAACGCAAUGAACCGACCACCACCCAUCUCGUUUCAGAACCUGCUGCAUGCCCGUAUUGUGUACAGGAGGACUUUGGUAUCGUGUACACACCUCCACCAUGGCGUACCGGUAUAGGUAGCGAUGUACCGAGUCAUGGCUGGUCUGAUUCUCCCAAAGGAUCACAACAAUCCCUUACCAUAAAUUCUUCUACUCCGACACACAAACGACGUCAGAAGAGCUUUAGUGCCGAUAAUCCUGAAGUAGUCACAAUAGAUCACAUCCGACCGGAUUGGGAGGCAAAGUUGGCAGCAAUCCGCGCAGCAGUCGCUAGACGUGCUAACCGACGUAUUAUCAUGCGUCAGGUUGGAGACCGCCUCAUCCCGGUGGGUGUGACAAGUGGUCGUGUGCACGCGUUGUCAUCGGAAGAGGCUGGUGGUGAGUCUUCGGAGGGCGGUGGCAGCAGGCGUUCUAGACGAAGGCAACAAAACCAAAAUAAUCCAUUUGAACAGUACCUUGGACAAGAUCUAGAAGAGUUAAUGGUGAUGGAAGCGAUGCGCUUAUCAUUGCUAGAACAUGAAGAACAGCAGCGAAGAGAAGCAGAGGAGAAGCAGAAGGAGAAAGCUGGAACAACUGAGGCAGCACAAUCAGAAGUCGCCGAGGCAGGACCCUCCAACUUGGGAAGUUCGUCGACUCCUACCGCGUCGACAUCCACCAAUCCCUGUUCUUUCGAUAUCUCCACCUCAACUUCCCCUUCGUCAACUCCGUCCCCCUCAAGUGGAAAUUGCCAAAGCCAGGAUUCUUUACAGGUCCAGCACGGGCCUAGUUCGACCUUGGCCAACCGUUCACCCUCUCCAGCUGUCGGUUCUCUAGAUAGCAAAUUAAACGAAGUAUCCAGCCGAAGUCACCCCUCUUCCCCACCUCCCUUCAGUACUCUAGCCGCUGCAUUGAGUACAACAUCGACUGCCUCCGCAUUCCUCGUCGCCAACAACAGUAAUUCGUCGUCCCUAACUCCCAACGAUGCUGGACCGCCUCAUCCCGAUAUUCACGACACCCUCUCAGCUACGAAUCACAAAGGCAACGGAGGUUCAUCUGAAGACUCUCAAAAGCGACCCGAUAUCUUUGACAGAAGCACGUCUGAAUCAAAGGCAUUUGCAUUACUGCAAACGCCUGGGAGUUACGAACCGUUACCAUCAUCCUCCGACACAACUUCUGAUGUUCACGGAAGACUUGAAGGGAGAAAUUCAUGUUGAAUUAAUUUCUAGCCGCGGUUUAGCGCAGGUCAUGCUUUCCUUUGUGUCUACCGUACCUAAAUUUCCUUCCUCAUCUACAUACUUGAUUCCUAGUCCUUGACAUUAGCAUCACGCUGUAAAGUUUCUCUACUCUUCUUAGAUCAUUCGACUUUUAUUUGCAGUAUUUACUCACAUAAUGUGAUUCUAUACGAAUCUUACCCAUAACCUAUGAGA